AUGUCGCUGACAACGGCAAUCUCAUCGAAAGCCAAUAAAAAUGCGGAUGAUAAAAGUAUAGAGGUAUAUAUUUAUUUCCAUUUCAUUUCUCCUGUUUUUCCUCGCAAUUUCCAUUUUAAUAUGUUGUAUAAUUAGAUUGGAAAUUACGUAAUCCAUCCUCUUCCACCCACUUUUUCUUUAUUUUUUGUCUAGGAUGCCAAACUUCAUUUCGAUAAUUACAUUGGUUUCAAUAAACAAGUUCGACAAAUCACUGAGAAUCAGAUAUUGGCGAUGGAAAGAGCUGAGGAUUUGGGAUUGAUUACGAUCAAAAUUGAGAUUGAUUUGAAUGAGGCGAAAUUGGUACAUCCUUAUACAAAAGAGGUGGCUGGCAAAAUACAUGGAAAAAUGAAGGAGAUUUUUGAAAAGGCUGUGAUUUAUACAGUUUCGAAGUUUUUUGUUCCGAGAAUUCAGAGAGCAACUAGGUGAGUUGGGAUAAAUUGGGAAUUUGAAUUUGCUGAAGACCAAGUUAUUCAAAAAGUAUUGUAACGUCACAACCUCCUAGAAAUAAGUUAUGACGUGGCAAAUAUUAUAAUCCCAUAAAGAACUUUAAAUGGUUUCCAGGUUCCCAAAAAACUGAAGUUUUUUUUGAAUAUGAACCCAGUAAGCGGCCGCUAAAUUUAAAAAAAAUUAAAUUUCAUGAAAACCUCACCUAACAAGGUCUAACAAAAAUAUUAGAAUGGCAAUUUUCAGCUUUUUUGUUCUAAUGUUGUUUUUUUUCUCGGGACAUUAAAUAUAUUAUGAUAAGAUAAGCUUCAUGAUACACUAUAAAUCUUUUGCCCAAGAAAAAUGAAACAUUUUGUGAAUCAAACAUGGAACGGGAUUUUGGCAGAGAAUCAGAAAAAACAGUUAUUUUGAAAAAAAAGUUAUGAAGAAAACAGGAAAUUUCUGGACUUUUUUUUAUUUCAAAAGAAACAUUGAAAUUUUGAAAAAUCUUUAAGUUUCUAAGGCUUCCAGAUUUUUUUAGCAAAAAAAGUUUCAGUUUUUGGGGAUUACUCAACCGCUUAUUCAAUCCAGUGAUUCAUAAAGAUCAAACGAUUGCUUCAUUUUUUGUUGUAGUUUUUAUGAAAUCUUAUCUUAUCAUAAUUUUUGGCGUCAAAUAAACAAACACAUUGGAAAAAAGCUGAAAAUUAAAAAAAAAAUUGGAUUUGAUAGAUCUUUUGAACCUUUUUUCUAAUCAGGGAGAUUUUUAGAGUUCUCAAUGCCAGAAAAAUAUUUUCAGACGCCACCUAUCAAAUAAAGCUCAAAAUGCAGCCAUUCAAUGUUUUGCCACAAAUAUCAAGCAACUUUUUUGUCAAAAAGGAAUCAAUGAUCGAUUUGUGUUGGCACUGGACCCUGGUUUCCUCACUUGUAAAUGUGCAUUUCUCGAGCCGACCGGCAAAAUUAUCACAACUUGCGAAUUUCGAUAUCAACAAGGAAAAGCGGGAGGAUUUGAUAGAAAAGGAACUGAAUAUAUAACACAUUGCUUGAAAAUGACAAAUGGAAUGAAUUUGGCUAUUGCUAUAGGUUGGUUAGGGAAUAAUAUGUGGGAUUUCACACUUUUGAAUCUCUCAAGUCAUUAGAUGAAAAUACAAAAAAGAUCAGAAACAUUUUUGUUUUGAAUGGAAAAAGUGUUUUGGAAACGAAAAGCUACAGUAAUUGAAGAUCUAAAUGGCAUGAAUGAUUUCCGGUUUUUUUCGUAAUGAAUUUUGUUCGCUUUCUUUUUUUUGGCAAAAAGUAUAAUAGCAAACUUUGGCUAAUUUUUCUGGGAUUUUUUUGGCGCCAAACCUAAAAAAUUUUAAUUAAAAUUUCGCUUUAUCUCAAAACACAAAAAUAUUAAUUCAGGAAAUGGAAAAGGCAGCUAUGAAACACAAAAGAUUGUCUCGCAACUUAUCUCAAGUACACUCAAAUACAACAAAAUUGACAUUGGUUUCUGCAUUGUUCCCGAAGACGGUGCCUCGAAAUAUAGUAUAACCGAACUGGCGGCCAUUGAAAUGCCCGAAAUCUCGCCAAAUGAACGAAGUGCUGUCUCAAUUGGUCGUCGUUUAAUUGAUCCAAUGAGUGAAUAUGUGAAAAUUGAGCCGAGACAUUUGGGAAAAGGAAUGUAUCAACAUUCGGUGAAUUCGACAAAAUUAACUGAGGCACUCGAAUUGGUUGUGAAGGAAAGAGUUUCGUUGAGAGGUGUUGAUGUUAAUUGUGCCAGUGAACAUUUGUUGAGGUUUGCAUUUUUAUCUUAGAGAAAUCUGGAGAUCCUGGGAGAUUUCUGAAUAAAAAUAGAAUUAAAACAUUUUUCAAACAAAUAUUUCAAAUUUUGCAUACGCAGACAAGAAAUCGGAUUUUGUUCAGAAAUUCUAUUUUCCUGGAUUUUUAGCUCGGCAAUUGAAAAUGUUCCGAUUUUCAGACAAGUUUGUGGUUUGAAUAAACGAACUGCUGCUGGAAUUGUAACACUUCGAGAAAAACUUGGCAAAAUAACAAGUCGCGAAGAAAUUCGAAAAGUCGCCGGCCUCGGUCCAAUUUCAUUUGUCCAAUGUUCGGGAUUCUUGAGAGUUUUGAAACCCGAAAAAUCGUAUGUAAAAAAUGGGAAUAAAAGAAGAAAAGUUGAAUGGAAUCCACUUGAUGAAACUGUAAUACAUCCAGAUGAUUAUGGAAUUGCGGAAAAAGUUUUGAAAAAAAUUGGAAUUUUGACAAUGGAAGAAGAGAUUUGUUGGCAGGAUGUGAAGAAGAAAAUUGCGAAUAUUGGGAGAAAUGUGAAAUGGGAAGAGGGAGAGCAGAAAAUUGUGGAUUUGUUGUUGAUUGAAGAGGAUUUGAUUGAACCGCCCAGAUUAAUGGUGAGAUUUUGAAUGGAUACUGUAGUUUUUGGCGCCAAGAUAAACCUCUCAAGAUUAUUUUCAACAUGUUUUUUUCCAGAAAUGUGUCACGAAAAAUGUGGAGCUAAGAAAAGGCGCAAUUUUGCCUGGAAUUAUUCGAAACCAAACAACAUUUGGUGUUUUUGUUGAUAUUGGAUUGGAAACAAAUGGAUUGGCACACAUUUCCAAGUUUAGAUAUCGCAAUCAAUUGCCAGCAGUCGGACAGAAUUUGAAUUUUAGAGUUUUGGAUUUUGGAAACGGGAGGAUUUCAUUGGAACCGGUUUAUUGA